AUCGUUAGAUACCGCGUGCGCAUAGGUAGCGCUGCUGUGGCCCGUUAUCGAGAGCAACAAGGAGCGAGUGAACCAAGACUACGGAAGGCCUAAUGGCGACGAGAGCAACCUAACGCCUUCUCCGGUCGGCCAGACCAGUCUCAGAAUUUGUUCGGUUCGAUCAACAUCUUCUCCCGGUGCGGUUAUAUUGCCCUACGGUUGAACUGUUUUUCAUAUUCGCACGGGACUUUCUCUGGGGAUUUUAUGCCUUUCCCCCCGAAGCUAUUGUCGUGUUCAUUGUAAACUUUGAACUAUCCUCGAUUUCUAAUAUUGCCACUUUCGUCUGCUGACCUGAAAACGUUUUUCCGAUACGCGUGUGCUUUCGUGAGGGUAGAUUGCGUUAGAAUAGGCAACGUGAAUAAAUCGAUUGAGAUUCCAACAGUGAGCGAUAAGCAGUUGUUUUGCAUUGUGCGACAUCACUGCACACAAUUUUAUUCAGUGGCCAUGCAUAAAGUGAACUAGUGACAUCCCGUUACGUAAGCCUGUGUAGCUGUACUUCUGUACUUGAACGGAACACUCGUCUGAUCACCAGAGCUCACAGAUCAACUUCGACAUCAAGCAGCAGCAAUAUAAAAACAUCUUUUCUUGUGUACAGAGACAGCAUCAGCGGAACAAAAACAACACAUAAAAAAGGCAGACGCAAAUCGGAAGCUAUCAGAAAAAGAACGGCAAAAAUGAGCACUAAAACCGACGUCAGUGCGGACAAGAUGGACGAAGAAGCGCCGGACUUCAGUCAACGGUUCAACGAGAUGCGUCACCGCAAUCAUCUGGUUGAUUGCUCCUUUAGAGUGGACGACAAAAUCUAUAAUUGCCAUAAGCUGAUCCUGUCCGCGGCCAGUCCCGUGUUCGAAGCCAUGUUCUACGGCUCGCUAGCCGAGAAGCAAAUGGUCAAAAUUUCUGACAUUCGACCGAUCGUGUUCGAUAGGAUGCUGAACUUUAUCUAUGUCGGGACGGUUGAUUUCGACGAUGUUCUGAAUACUGAAGAAACUUUGGAGCUUUAUUACUGCGCACAGAAGUACAUGAUCGACAGUCUGCACAAGCAGUGCGUGAAUUAUUUCGGCAGGAGCAUCAAGCCAAAUAAUGUACUGAAGAUUCUCGACAUAGCAUAUAGAAUGAACCUCGAGGAUAUUAUCUUUUCAUGCUUAUGUGUGCUGAAACACUUCCUGACUUCGGGUAUGAGUCUCAGCAAUAUCAUUCUGGAGAGCAGCCAUCAUCUAUCGAAGAGCUGUGUAGAUCUAAUCCUAGAGGACAACUACGAGGUUAAGGAUAACAUUAUCUGUAUGAUUCGUGCCUGGUGUAUAACUGAAUGUGAACAAAAUCGUCUCGAAGUAAAUAGCGAUAGUUUAAAGUCCAUACUGCAAGAUAUUGAGCUUCCGGAUAAGCUAAAAGACACCAUCAUAGACUGCAGCUAUACCAGUUUUCAGCCGGUGGCUAACGAAGAGAAGUAUCAAUGGACUCCAGUCCAACGAAUACACUACAAAGCCGUCAGACCAUUGAUAAUUGGGGAUUCGAUGAGCUUCGAAGCUAGUAUCACAUGCAAUAGGUUUAUCGUUUUAAAAUCUUUAUCCGUCAACAGUAGAUUAACUCCGCAACUGCUUCCAAUGGAUAAACGUCGCGAUACGUACACGGAAAACAUUGCAGUGGAAAUAUGCUCAAAGUUCGACGGAAGAAUAGAGUCAAUCUACCAAGAACAACAUCUGAUCUGUGAUGUGCCAUUCAAUAACAGUUUAGAUCUGAAAUUGGAGAAGCAAAUCGUGCUGUUUCCGGACAUAGCUUAUUUGAUACGCUUGAAGUGGGGACCCGCCAGUCUGGGUUAUGAGUAUCCUAGAAGCAUUUUAUCGUCGUACGGCAAAAGUAAGCAGUUUAGGGUCAACUUUAGCGAAAAUAUCUAUGUUGAAACAGAAGGCAGUAUUCUACACGGGAUCGUAUGUGAUUUGUAUAAAUAAAUCGAAUAAUAUUUUAUAUACGCAUAGAAUUGUAGGAAAUGUCCCUAUAAAAUGUCACGCAUUAUUAUUUAUACGGAAUAAAGCUCAUAAAUUGCUAAUAAAAAUAAAAGAGCUACUUGUGCUGAGAUAUUUGUUUACAUUUGAAUUAGGAUUUCAUCAUUAAUCACUACUGUUAAAUUAUUGAAUCAAAGAUUGUAAUUACCUGUAUCAGAUAAUUGAGGCAAAAUUGCUGAAAAUUCCGAAAAAAAUAAAGAUAAACUACUGGAACAUAUAUAA